AUGAAGGGUGAUGCGACCGAGCUCCUGGAGCUCCUCUUUUGCCUCUUCGAUGCGGACCAGGACGAUCUGGUGGGCCUCACCGACUUGGAACACACCAUCGACUUUCGCACCCUGGAUGCCCGGAAGCGCAACGGCGAGGUCACCUUGAUGGCCAAAAAAGCGCUGCAGGACUUCGCUUUAGAUGAGUCGGACCCGGAGCCUGAGGAGGACUUGGCGGAGGACCGAGGGUCUGACCAGAAGUGUGUGAUCCGCUGA